AUGUCGAAGCCCUGUGCCUUUUUGACGGUCCUGGUGGUGCUGAGCUACUGGUCAACCUGCUCUCUAGGAUGUGACCUGCCUCACACACAUAACCUGAAGAACAACAGUGCCUUGACACUCCUGGAACAAAUGAGGAGACUCUCCCCUGUCUCCUGCCUCAAGGACAGAAAGGACUUUGGAUUCCCUCUGGAGAAGGAGAAUAUCCAGCAGAUCCAGGAGACCCAAGCCAUCCCUGUCCUGAAUGAGCUGACCCAGCAGGUCCUGAGCCUCUUCUGCCAAAAGGACUCCUCUUCUCCUUGGAAGACAACCCUCCUAGACACAUUCUGCACCGGCCUCCUCCUGCAGCUCAAGGACCUGCAGGCCUGUCUGAGGCAGCAGGUCGGGGUGCAGGAAUCUCCCCUGACCCAGGAGGACCCCGUGGAGGCUGUGAGGAAGUACUUCGACAGGAUCACUGUCUACCUGAGAGAGAAGAAACGCAGCCCCUGUGCCUGGGAGGUGGUCAGAGUACAAGUGUGGAGAGCCCUGUCUUCCUCAGCCCACUGGCUGGCCAGACGGAGAGAUGAGGAGGACUGA